CUUCUCUGACAGCAGGUUUGCAGCAUGGAACAACUCAACUCCUCUCUGGUCCUUUCUAACAUCUCUUCUCCUGGACAUCCACCUCCUGCCUCCUGGGACUCCAGGGGUCUGGUUCCUUCAGUGGUGCUGUCUGUCUGCUUCCUGCUGGGAGUUCCUGGAAACAUCGCUGUGAUCGUCCUCAAACCAAACUGGCAGCACCUGUCCAGUCUGAGCCAGACUUUGAUGCUGAAUUUGGCCAUAUCAGACCUGCUCUGCCUGCUCCCUCUGCCCCUGUGGAUUUACACUUUACUGCACGGCUGGACCUUCGGCCUGGCGGCCUGUAAGCUCCUAACAUAUGUUAUGUACUGCAGCGUGUAUAGUAGCCUCCUGACUGUGACGGUGCUGAGUGUCCAGCGCUUCGUACAGGUGGUGAAACUGCAGAAACGCUUCGAUCAGGUGGGAAAGAGGAGGCUGCUGGUUCUGCUCUGGCUGGCUGUGAUGAUCCUGUCCAUCCCUUCUCUAGUGGUUCGACAGGUGAACACAGACCAGAAGUGGUUAAGGUGCCAAUCUCAAUACUCUUCCCAGACUCAGCAGGUGGCCGUGCUGUUGGCAAGGUCUUUGCUCGGGUUUGUUUCAAUUUCCAUCGUGGUAUUGACAUACAUCGGCCUACACAGAAAAGUGAACCAGGCAGCUUUCUUCAACAACCCACAGAUGACCCGGCUGGUCACAAGCAUCAUUGUGACCUUUUUUGUUUUGUGGAUGCCUUAUAAUAUCAUAAAUGUGCUUCGUGUGGCAGCCAUCUCACUCAAAAACAAGGGUCUGAUGAAGUUUUGUAUGGACAGCUUGGACACUGUUGGAGCUCUGACGUUUGUGAAUAGCUGCUUAAACCCACUCCUCUAUGCAUUUGCUUCUAGAAACAUGUGUACUGUGUGCCAAAAAACUGACCAUUAAUACUGUUUUUACUGCAAAACCUGUACUGUUCAAGGAAGUCAAAUUAUUUUUAUGUAUGAUUGAUAAAUGCCAACAGAUAUCAGUACAGAGAGCAGAACUUGAUAAAGAGAAGUUUAAAAAUAGUUUUGUG